CAGUGCGACGGUGUUGCGACGGGGAAGCCGACGCUGCUGGCUGGCUGGUGCGCUGGUCGGUCGGCUCGGUCUCCGAUCAACGGCCGCGUGUGUCUCCGUGUGCGCCGCUUCGCGUGGUGGCUCGUGAAGCAGCAGGCGGUGCUUGUGCGGCCGCAUUUCGUGCGUGCGUGUUUGUGCGUGUGUGUGCAGUAGCGUACCGCACUCCGUAGGGAGAGAUGAUGCCGACGGCCGCGUGAGGAUGAUCGCCGUGGUCGCGCCUGUGUGACGGUUUUUGAUACGCUGCCGAGGAAGGAACGUUACAUAAAGAAGCCGAAUCCGUCCGCGUGUCAUCGGAUGUGAGAGAGCAGCCGUCUUUUCUUCCAGCGAUCGAGGAACCAUGACGGCGACUGCGUCUUCUGGCGAGACGACCGCAGUGGAAGUGGCGCCGGUGUCGCAAGGCGGGACUGAUCGUUGCUGGUCUUGGUCGCAUCGUGUUGGGUACACAUGGCGUUACCGCGACUGCGGUGCUUCCAGCAACGGCGGCACGAAGUCGUCCGAGCUUGUUUCGCAGGCGUCGACGCAGCAAUGACCUAGUCGGCUUAGCCAUCGUGUAGCCUUCAGCCAAGAACAGCACCUCCUACUUUUCGUUCUUUCCCACCGCAACCAGCAUCACCUACCUACACGGAAGAAAAAAGAAAAAAGUGAUAGCGACGCUCUUCCCCGACCCGCAACUCAAACUACCUCGUUUGUUUUGUGGGCACUGUGCACUGUUUCAUCUAGCGGGAUUUUCGGUUAUCGCUUUCUCACUAGCCCGGUGACUGUUUGUUUAGCGAUUUCGAUUCGGCCUCGUUUUUCUGAUCCGGACGCCCGGUUCGAUAUCUCCACUUUCACGGGACAUCCGUGCCGCACUCGUCGGCUUAUCCGGUUAGGGUGAGUCGGUCUUAAUCCGAGGGAUAAUCCUCUUCUCAACAUCGACAAUCGUACCUCUAUUUUCUUUCUCUUGUUUUGGCAGGGACAGCUGGCGUACGUUCGUUAUCCUUCCGGUCGCGUUGCUUACACAGCGAAGAAAAAAAAGAAGUACAGAAUCAAACAAGCGCUCAGGCUGUCUGUUAAUUCUGUUUGCAAACCUGCCAGAGUGCGUCCGACUGGCGGCUCAAAUCCAUAUUUCUUUCUUAAACCUGUAAGCCUGCUGUACAGGAGGCGUAGCCGCGAAUGUUUAGCGCUCGCGUGACGCACUUCUCUCUGCGAGCUAUUUACAAGCGGCCGGGGUGCGCAUUUUCGCUAAUUGCCGGCUAGGUUCUACGUAAAACGGGUUUCACGGGUAACUCUUCUCAGUGAGCCGGCCUUGCCUGCGCAAUUGAACGGUGAAUGCUUGGGAAACUAGCCGCCACCGUCCGCGCAGUUUCUUUUAUUUCUUUCCCCAGAGCCGAUGAGUGAAGCGUCUGUUACACUCAAAACGUUUCGUUUUUUCCUGCUUCCAUAAAACCGCGCGCGCGUGCGUUCGUACGGGGCCGUGCGAAGCGAGGAUCAAGACUGCGGUGGUUUGCGAGAUCUCAUCCCGAGCACAAUCUGUAGUGCAUCGCGAACUCAGCCUCUCAGACCCACUCGUUUCUUUUAUCUCGAGGGCUUACGGAGCAGCUGUAGUAACAGGGGAAACUCGAGAGAGAGAGAGAGAGGGAUCGCUGCGUCCGCGGUGAAGCUAUCAGUAGUUUCUUUCGUAUGCGAAUGCGUUAAGGGAGGGCGAAGAAAGCGCUCUAGCGUAACACACUCGCGUUCGCCCUCACGUACGUCAUACGCCAGACGGAUCGAUACGAGCUAAACCACGCAGCAAGUGUACGUAUACCUCGUGCUACGCCCAGGGUAUUUUGUUUUACUUUGCCCGCCAGCACCUACGCUCGACGGGUCCCGGCCGUACCGUUUCGUUUCUCGUGGAAACGGCUCUGAGACGACGCAGUCACGUCCGUGCGUCGGACCCUUUUUCCCGUCUAGGUUCUAUCGAUCUUUCUUUUCGUUUUCUUCUUUUCCUUCGCUCCGCUGCAUCUAGACGGUGAGAGCAGCGAAUAACGUCUUAACGGCUCCGUAUUGCGUUCAAAUCUACCGAAAUUAUCACUCAUGCCCGUCUUGAGUUUUGGUUGAGCGUAGUUUUGGAUUUGCCGACAAUCGCGUCGUCUGCCAGUUCAAAACGAGUGCAGUCGAAUCGUUUGUUCGCGGAAUCGUCAUUCUCCGGUUUCUGGUGCGCGUCGUCGCAUAAGGGACAAAUCGUACACUGUUGCAAUCGCUUGGAAAUCAUAGCAGUGUAUCAUUCUUCUUUUAUCGGAACCGGCCCGAGCUGGCGCGAUUUCCACUUCGUCUGGCAGCCCGCGGUAGCGCGGAAACAUCAGUUUCGGAUCACCUGCGCCUGCUGGGAAUAGCGUUGUACAAUCUGGUGAGCGUCAGCGGAUCACGUGUGAUUACCAGGCGUGUAAUACAUUCAGCUCUCUACUCGUAACCGACGGGUACGCCUCCUGCAAGCGCGGCGUCACCAUGUCACGGACUGCGUCAACAACGUCGUCUGCUCGUGGCCCCAGCCAGCACUCCGACGUCGCCAGCAAAGCAGACGCCGCAACGACUACAACCACGACGCGUCGACUAGCGAAACGCUGUCAGCGGCAACAUCAACAACGAAGUGCUUAGUUAGUCACAUAAUCAAAAAAAAACACCCUUUAGUCGUUAGGCGCUUAAGCGCUGUCACCGAAGGAGGACGGCCGUGUGAUCGUCAGGGGCACGGCGUUUUACAAGCGCGCUCCUCAUGUUGGAAGGCCUGUCGUCUGCGACGAAGCGUUUUUUUGCGUUUAGUUUCGCAUCCUGAGUGCACUUCGAAACUAAACCAAAGUCAACGAAAUAGCCAAGCCUGCAUAACGAUGCCGUUGCGUCGGGCAACAACGGCAACUAUGUACCCUGUGCGUGUGUGUCAGUGCGUGGCUUCUUGCACUUUAUCUGGCGUUCGAGGACUUGGGAACGCCGUUCUGUGAUUUCCAACAGCUAUCGUUUUUUCCGCAAGACAGAGUGCUCGAAAUACAGGCGAAGGAGAUUCGAGUUCGUGGCCGUCUGCCAAUCGUCAUGGUCAGGACAGAAAGUUUGUGAAGAAAGUUUCUGCGCUACAGAGUAACCACUAAACGGACGCUUAUGUGCUUCACGCCACGAGGAAAUUAAACGGCGACACUGACUACAUUGACUUACCACGUAGAGAACGUUUCCCAGUUUUAUGGGAGCGUUUGAAGUCGCGACGUAUCGAAGAUUCGUGGACGCUUAGCGAACGCCGUACGUAACAGAAGCGCGCCUCCUGCAACCCAAAAUCCCGCCGUAAGUUUUUUUUUCCCUACCUCCGUACGAUACGGCAGCGAGGUUGCCGGAGCCUAGCGAACACGACUGCGCGUCGUGAAGAAGUUUGAAACUGGCUUUCCGUGCCGAAGAACGUUUUGUCCGACGGUCAUGGAAGACGCUAAUGAUGGCACUGUGGAAGGCAUGGUACCGCGCACGGACGGGCGGAGGUGUGUCUGAGCAGAAGCGGCGUCCUGCGCCGACGUGCGUGGCAUAAAAAAAAAAAAAUGGAGAAAUCUUCCAAAGACGAACAGGCGCCGACCUCCUCCUCUAUGUCACCGGCCGGCGGUCGGCGUCCGGCCGGGCUCCUGCCGUCGCCGACGUUGCCGUGCGUCUCGGCGUCGGCUGCGACGGCCGACGAGGACUCGAGCGGUAGCUGCGGAAGCACGGGCAGCGGCAGCGGCGGCAUUUGCCGUAGCGCGAGCGAAUCGCUUCUCCGCAAGCGGAGCCUGACGCUGGCCUUGCCGCUCAACCUGUCCUCCGUGAUUCAACUGAAGAAGGAGCUCAAUGUCUCCAGACGAGGAAGUCGGUGCUCGUCGGCUCGCAAGAGCCUCAUCUGCAAUACUUCCCCAACCCUUCCCCGGUGCCAUUCUCCCAUUCCACAGAGCAGCCCUCUGGACAGCCCCCGCAACAUGUCCCCGAGUCAACACUUCGCAUUCGCCCCCGUCAAAAAGGCGGACGGCCGGCGAUGGUCAGUCGCAUCACUGCCGUCAUCGGGCUAUGGGACCAACACACCCGGAAGCUCCAACGUAUCUUCCCAGUGCUCCAGCCAGGAGAAGCUGCACCUGCUGCCCUAUCAGCCAACGCCGGACGAGCCGGCUGGCACUCCGGUUGGUGGCGGCCAUCCGCCGCACUACUUUCCCCCGCAUCAGCACCACCAGCACUACCACCACCCAUUCACGCACCACAUCCACCACCACGUCCACCAGUCGCGGCACUUCUCCAGCAACGAGAGCAACCCGGGCCUCGAGGACGAUGGCCACCAGCAGCAUGGUGGGGCCUCCACCUCGUCUGGAGCGCACGCCACGACGUCGGGCUCUGCGUCACCCAUCAUCAGGCCACGGUCGCGUAGCCUCAGUAGUCCCAUGCGGUCACCCGGGAUUGACAACGAGAUUGUCCUUAUGAACAGUGUCUACAAGGAACGCUUCCCAAAGGCCACGCAGCAAAUGGAGGAGCGGCUGGAGCAGUUCGUGAGCCAGGAGGCGGAGCUCAACGCGCAGCACUCCUGCGAUGCUGUCGCUCGCUUCGCCCACCACCAGAUCAUCGAGCUGGCACGUGACUGCCUGCAGAAGUCUCACGACAAGGUCGUCACUUCGCAGUACUUCUACGAGAUGUACGAGAGCCUCGAGAAGCUGCUUGCUGAGUGCCAGGAGAAGUCACCGGAUGCUGCCCACCACCUCCGGAAACUUGUGCGCAAGUUGUUGCUCAUCGUGUCCAGGCCUGCACGACUGCUGGAAUGCCUGGAAUUCGACCCCGAGGAGUUCUAUCGGCUGCUGGAGGCGGCCGAAGGCCAGGCCAAGGUGGUGCAGGGCGUGUCCACAGACAUCCCUCAGUACAUCAUCAACAAGCUGGGACUGAAUCGGGACCCCUUUGCAGAUCUGGCCGCAGACCUGCAGACUGCAGACCAACUUGACUCUGUGCCCGAAGUCGAAGAAAGAAAGCCGCCGACCAAAACACCCUGCGAGGAUGACUUUGAUACCAUCAAGCUCAUAAGCAAUGGUGCCUACGGGGCCGUGUACCUGGUUCGCCACCGGGAGAGCCGUCAGCGCUUUGCCAUGAAGAAGAUCAACAAGCAGAACCUGGUCCUGCGCAACCAGGUGGAGCAGGUGUUCGCAGAGCGCGACAUCCUUAGCUUCACCGACAACCCCUUUGUCGUCUCCAUGCUGUGCAGCUUCGAGACCAAGCGCCACCUUUGUUUGGUGAUGGAGUACGUGGAGGGGGGCGACGCGGCCACUUUGCUCAAGAACAUGGGUCCGCUGCCCGUGGACAUUGCGCAGUUCUACUUUGCCGAGACGGUGCUUGCUGUGGAGUACCUGCACAGCUACGGCAUCGUCCAUCGUGAUCUCAAACCCGACAAUUUGCUCAUCACUAACAUGGGCCACAUCAAACUGACUGACUUCGGUCUGUCCAAGGUUGGACUCAUGAACCUGGCCACCAACCUGUACGAGGGCUACCUGGACAAGGAGACUAAGCAGUUCAAUGACAAGCAGGUCUAUGGCACACCCGAGUACAUUGCCCCGGAAGUCAUUCUGCGACAGGGAUACGGCAAGCCCGUGGACUGGUGGUCGAUGGGAAUUAUUUUGUAUGAAUUUCUAAUCGGCUGUGUACCCUUCUUUGGGGAGACCCCCGAGGAACUCUUUGCUCACGUCAUCAAUGACGAGAUCGAGUGGCCCGAGGACGACGACUGGGCACUGCCCGAAGACGCCCGGCACCUCGUGUCCCAGCUGCUGCAGCAGAACCCGCUCGAUCGCCUGGGCACCGGGGGCGCACACGAGGUCAAGGAACACCCAUUCUUCAACGACGUCGAUUGGGACUCCCUCCUCCGGCAGAAGGCCGAAUUUGUGCCCCAACUCGAGGAUGAUGAGGACACCAGCUACUUUGACACACGAACGGACCGGUACCAGCAUGACGACUCGGAAGACCACGACGAUGGGGAGGAGCACACCUUCUCAUCUUUCUCAUCGUGCUCGCCGCGCUACCGGAAGGUGUACUCCCGCAUUGAGAAAGAGCUAGAAGAAGAGAACCUGCUCAGGCAUGUGUGUGAAGAAAGCCACCGCCGCUCGCUCAGCCGCACGGACUCUGCUCCAUCGGACUCCAGCGGAGAUUCUACGCUUCUCCGCACCCCAGCAUCUGGAGCAGGGGAUGCCUCCACGCGGCGGCAGUCUGGCUCGUCGCCUGAGCUCCCACCGCCGGGCGGGCGCCCGCUGUUGACAAGCACCCCGGAGUCAUCGCAAACGGAAUCGGAUGAGGUGUCCCCCCAGGUACAGCGGAGAAGACGGCAAGGCAUCGCUGAUCUGCCUCGCUUCGCCCUCUCCGUUGACCGGGAGGACACAUCACGCCGAUCCCAUCACCGCUUGUCAGCACCCUUGCCACUGCCGCUACCUGCCGCUGCCACCGCCACCACUUCAGCUGCCGCCACUGCACCGACCUCGCCAGCGGUCGCCACCACUGCAGGCGAGCCCCGGGAGCUCUCUCCUGUUGCAGAGCGAUUAGCUCGAACCGACAAGGGCCAGCACGCUCCUGAGCCCAGAGCCAGUGAUACCAGCGGAGGGAGCACCAGCAGUAGCGGCACCAGUACAGGCAGCAGCAGCACCAUUGCGGCUUCCGGACCGAGAACACCGGAGAAAGCAGCCAGCGGCUCACCACGAUCAACACCCAAACUGGCAGCUACGCCCCCCAUGCCAACACCCUCACCUCCCAUCAAGCUGCGCUCGCGCUCAGUCAUCAAGUCUGCGUCGGCAUCGGGCCUUUCGCUCAUCAUCCCUUCUGAUGACCUGAGUGCAGCGGCUGCUGAGUUGUCCAGCAGCAUACAUUCUGGGGUGCUUGGCUCGCCCGGCGGCUCAAGCACGAGCUCGCGCGACACGUCGCCGAGCCGGGAAUUGAGCCCACUGGUGGCUCAACUCAAGCCCCCCAUCAUCAUCCAGAGGGGGCCACGGGGUUUCGGGUUCACCAUUCGGGCCAUCCGUGUCUACUAUGGGGACUCUGACGUCUACACCGUCCAGCAUCUUGUCAUGGCGGUGGAGAACAACAGCCCAGCGUUCGAGGCGGGCCUGCGGCCCGGUGACCUCAUCACUCACAUCAACGGUGAAGCGGUGCAGGGUCUGCUGCAUCCGCAGGUCCUGCAGCUGAUCCUGGCCGGCGGGAGCCGCAUAAACAUCCGCACCACGCCCCUGGAGAGCACCUCCAUUCGCACUGGAGGCCGCAGGCGCAACCCCACGACCAGCCGGCUUGCUCGGCGAAACACACGCCAGCGACGCGUGUCCCAGGGACCUGCAGCCACACUAGGCAGCAAGCUCCAGGGUUCACCGCCGGCUAUUGGGUCAAAGCCGGUUGACAAGAAGAGGCGCGCAUCUCUUCUCCGACGACUGAGCAACAAACGUGCCAGCGCCGAGAUCCAGCAGCUCGUGAGUGCAGCUGUGUCAACUCCGACCGGACUCGCUCCGAGCAGGAGCUUUCAGUCGCUCGCUGAUCCUGGCAGCGCAUCACCUCCAUCGCGGAGUGGCGGCAUCACCGUCAGCUUCAUCAAAGAGAGGUCCUCAUCCGACUCGUCGCACUCGACGAGCAAUUCCUCGCCAAGCAGCUCGCCCAGUUCAAGCGUGCCAAACUCGCCCGCCGGAAGCGGGGCGAUGCCACCGGGAGCUGCUGGCGGAUCAGUGGCAGCAGCAGCGGCAUCCGUUCAGGCCCAUUUUCAGAGGCCCAGCUCGCUGCACGGGCUCAAACACAAGUUGGCCCAAACCUUCCGGUCGCCGCGCCGAAAGUCUGUCGGUCACAUACCACUCUCACCGCUUGCUCGCACCCCGUCUCCGUCGCCGCUGCCGGUAAUCAGUCCAACACGGUCGCCAUCCCCACUAGCCUUCCCUCCUGGACAGGCUCCACCAACUCACCAUGCUCACCAUCCGCAUCAUCCCCACGCGCACCACCCGACGUCCGUGGUGGCAGUCCAGUCACCUCAGGUGUUUACGGCAGGCCGGAAACCAUCGCCUCCGACGCUCGUGCCAGCAGCGGCCACUGUGACUUCGUCAGCACGCAAAUCACUGAUGAGGCCCAAGAGUGCAGAGCCUGGUUCCCCCUUGUUGAGGCGAGCCCUCUCACCGGACCGCCUCCAUCCGAAGUCUGCAGAAUCCAAACCAAGACGAGAAUCGUUCUGCACGCAAGCUUCACCACUGGCCCUGACGUCGACACCUUCCACAUCGCAGGGCUCGCCACCACGAUUGGUGUCGACUAAGACUGGUAGCUUGCUGUCUCGAAGCACGCUCACUUUGUCACCAGCAGGGGGAACACGAAUUCCAAAGUCGGCGAGCACGCUGGUACCCGGAGAGGAGAGCGGCGAGGUAAAGCCACAGGGUGGACGAGCCCGCAGUCACUCGCAAAGCGAAGUCGAGAGCCUUGUUGACAACGAUGACGACGACACGGCCGCGACUUCUGGUGCAAGGCCCCCUUCGCCACUACAGCGUUCUCCAAAAGAGCGGGACAUGGCCGCAGGUCGCACCGAACUUCCACCCGACGUCCCGUCCUUUACAGUGACGCCUAGUACACCCCUUCCGACCGCUGACAGUGAAGACGGUUCUUCUGGCAGUGAAGUGUGCAGUGAUGUGCAUUGUGACAACGGUGUCACUACAACAGUUGUUUCAACUGCCUCCACGAGCCUAGCAAUGGCGUCAGUCUCCCCUACAUCGAGCGCAGCCACAACUGCAAAAAAGCCUGCAUCGGCAGCAAGUACGUCUAGUGCUGCUGCGGUCACUUCUGCAGCUCCGAUGCCACCGCAAGCAUCCGCAGCACCAUCUGCAGCCGCGAGCACAAAACGGUCUCCGUCAACAGCAGCAGCUCAACCCAAAGGCAGUUCUACUUCAUCACCGCAGCCGGCUUCUUCAAAUGGUGCUAGUAAAUCCCAGCCUUCGCAGCUGCACCCAGCAGAGACUGGACUGAAGCAGGUGCAGGUGGCGGAGACAAAAAGGGCGCCCUCGAAACAGCCGGCCAGCAGUGAACAGAGGGCAUCUGGUGCAGUGCCACAGAACAAGUCAAAAAGCACGCCGGAAUCGUCACACACGACGAAACAGGCUAAGUCGUAGCUUUGCUAGUGGGAAGAGCAGUGCGAUGUGUCACUCACUACGCGCUCCGAGCAGCCUUGUGCUCUCAUUAGCAUCACUGAGGCAUGCCCGCAGUAUUUAUUAUUGCAUUGCAGUGUCGUGCGGUCCCAGAUCUCUACCAUACCUAACUCCUUAGUGGCUUGACCAGGCCCACAGUGUUACCUCCCCCCCCCCCACCCACCCCCAUUCCUGUUUUUUCUUUUGUCUCCUCUGGGAGCGGCACUACCUUCUUGCGUUUCGUCGUGCGGCCAGCAUCCUAGAUGCAACCAGUCAGUCAAGUCAGUGACGAGGCCAUUCCCGUGUGUAAAGUGUGCAUCCUUUUGACGCCUAACCCUUUGUCCCAGUUUUUGACUGUUUCGCUUCUCUUUUUUGUUCACAUGAUGAAGAGUGAGAGAUGUUUCUUGCGACGUGUUGAGUCUGUGGUUUUUGCGUUGCGCGUGUUCUACACUUGUUGACGGUUGUUACGUUUGCCAUUGGCGCAUGCGGUGAGUUUUUCCAGUAUCGGACACGCCGCCCUGCCCUGCGCCGCUGUAUUUGCGCUUUUACUCUCACCCGGCUGGCUUUAUUACCUUUUUCUCUAGCUGUGAAGUAGCAUUUGACGUCCUUUUGCUGCUCUUGUAUGACCCCAUUGCAUGGAAAACGCAGUCGCCAUCCAGAGGAACUGGUCCUAGCAGGUUCGGACCUAAGUUGUAAUGCAGUUUCUUGGCUGCAAGAACUGUGCACACACACACAGUGCAUCUUUAUGCAAGACUCCUAAACAAAUUCAAUGGCGCUAUAAUAGCAGGCCUACACACUUCUCUAUUCCGCAUAAAUUGCUCCCGAUUCGAGUUGUCCAGAGACGCAUCAUUGAUACAAAAGAGCAGCUAGCAUAUGCUACUUUUGUUAUCAAAUUAUCGAUGGUUGUCACGAAGCAUAUAAAAUGCGGUGUUCUGCCACCAAAAGGUUGACAAACUGGCCCUGGCUAAAUGUUAAAUUUCUUAGCUACUUGCACAACAGUUUGGAAAGAGUUGAGUUCACCAAACUGCGCCUCCAUGCAGCGGAGCGCGACAGGAAAGUCAUUCUUCUCGGGUGUGUUCUCUUUGCCAUGCAUUGUGCGUGCCGAUUGUGUGUUUAUAGUCUUCAUUUCUCAGUGAUACCACCAGGCCAACUCUGUGUGACUAUUUUUCCGGCAGCGUGCAAUCACACUGUGAUCAUUCUUCUAUCCUCUCUCAUACCUCAUUAAAGCGAGAACACAUUGUCGUCCAAAGCCUGUCCCUCCCUCCGUCCCCCUCCCCUUACGGUAGUGCAAUUGGCAUCAUUGCGACCACCGCCAGGUUUGUUCAUCGUACCUCUCGCAUCACCGGUUCCUUUCAUUUCUCACCGGUUCCUUUCGUUUCUGUUAAUUUUUUUCUCUCCUAUGGUCAUCCAUGCCUGAUCUUAUGACCACUAGUAGGAGAGUACUGAAGCCAACCAAAUUGGAUGUGCUAACAGUAGCUGAAGUGAACAACCAGAGAUGCAAAUCUUAACACUUUUGACUUGACAGCACUAACGCUUUUUUUGCAGCCAAGGCACAUAUGAUUGCGUAGAGCAGUUUUGCCAGUCUAGAAUUUUACUGGCAAGCCUGUCAUAGGCUCAAGUAAGUGCUCCUCAGUCCGAAAAAGCCGUGUGCUCGUUCAAGGCAUGGUUUACAUCUAGAGCUCCUGAUAGCCAGCAAAAUCCCAUAAGCAGGCGUCUCUCAAGCAGGUUACGUAGUAGGCUUGCACAUAAAGAGCAGCGAAGGUUCAGACUUAGCAUGCUAGAUGUGGUAAAAAGAGGGCAGCAGACCUCAUACACUAACAAGGCAAAUGUAUCGGUACCAUACAGCCAGCGUUCUAGCUGUACAAGUCUGCUAGCCAAAUUUCGCAUGCCUGUCUUACGAGCUGUUUCCGUAAUCAGCCGAAUGCCGUUGCCUACCGCUAUUGUUUGCGUUCAACUAACAUUGUUUUUUGCGUGAUUUGACGCACAUUCAAUUACACUCCCUGUUCCGCUUCAACGCGAAACAAGUAGGACCACAUUCAUGGGUACUUCUAGAAUGACAGGUGCUUACAUUACAUCGCACCGACAUAUCAAUUGUCAGCAUUGUUUUUGCAACACUGCUUCCUCCGGCCACAUCUUUUUCUUUCAGCAGCAUUGCCAUGGUUCCCUUAUGGCUCGCAAGCGCGUCGUGAGCCAUAAUUGAUUCACAAGAGCAAAGAUUGCAUCAUGCUGUGCUGUCGCAGCAAAGUCUGGGAAAGAAACUGCCUAGAUGUUUGUUUCCUUCAUUUCUUUUUUUUUUUUUCUCAACCUGCCACCUUGGAGCUUGUGGAGAUGACAUCAGGCAUCGCCAGAGACUUCGUUGGGAUUGUUUGUGCCAUAUGAUACGUGACGAGAGGUGAUCCUGUCUCGAUGUCAUGUGGUCUUUUGUAACAUAUUUCUUUUUCCCGUCGCCCCACGCGCCUGUUUGAGUUUUCGCUGCCUGGGUAAUUGACGUUUCUUUUUCUUUUUUCUUGCUCUCUCUAUCUUUGAGAUGCUUUCUUGUUUCUGCGCUGUCUUUGCAUUCAAGGCAUGGGUGUUAGCAGUGUGAACUGGAGUUUUGUGUCGCGAUACUGUUUCCCAUACUUUCUUCUGUCCUUCCUUGUUCAGUCAUCUUUGGCGGUGCGCCCUUCUUUCUCAUAUACGAAUAAAAAAAAAAUAUUGUCGUCUCUGC